GUCCACGUUGCACACCGCGAAUCUCGCGAGCGGUGGACGUGGUUGGCCAAUCGCGACGGGGUAUAUCGGGUAGUAGCAGAUUCAUGCGACUGCUCAAGUCCCUAGAUGGGAAGCUGUCCCGGCCGGACUACAAACGAGAAGUGCCGAAAUGCUACUUACGAGAACUUCCUUGAGAUACGUCACUGCCUCUCGCAACGGAAGACAUUCUACGAAGAUGUACAUAUGGGGAGGUACCUCUUACGGUAUAUCAUCAUCGUGCUCAUCAUGGCCGUCGACGCCUCCGCCGCUAGCAUUAGUAAUUUGCGUGUCUCGUGAUGGGAGCAUCGGGGAACAGCAAGAGGGUACCUACGAAGGGGUGGUGGGUACAGUACAGUACAUGUAGUCAGUAGUCAGUAGUAGUCAGUAGUAGUCAGUAGUCAGUAGGCAGGCAGACAGACAGGCAGACAGGCACCUAUGUGGUUCACCGUGGGCAGCGUGUUCCGUGAAGAAGCGGUGAUCGGCGAAGAGAGUCGCAGGACUGUGAUCCCUACCACUGCAGAUGCCGGCAGACGCCACGGCCUGUAUACACGUACCUCUAGGCCACGGUAUCCUAUUAGUAUUACAUCCUACACACACACACGUCUCUUGGCUACUGUGGCCGCACGAGCGCAGCGAAUAAUAUGUUGUAAUGGAAGCGCAUCAACGAUGCAGUGGACAGGCCCAGCAGCGACCGGCUGCGGUGCACCACUUUGGCACAGUGGGAGAAGGCUGAAGAGCCGUAUGGAGCAGCAAACGAGCCGACUACGACAGGGCCGUCCAGCUCUCUUGCAGCCAGCACUGGCCGCCAGCAGGCACAGGCCGCGGCGGCGCGCAGCUAAUAAUGAUCUUCGGCAUGCGUCGAAGCGAAGGCUACUAUUUUCCUUGGCCCCGCGCCCUUUGAGCUGCAGCGUCAUGGUUGCCCAGCCGGGCCAACCCAGCCAGCCCACCCGAGUGAUGAGCCCAUCGUCCAAUUCCAUUCCAUUCCAAUUGCCUCCCGUCACCCGUGCGUCCACCCGUCAUCCCACCCUCGCUUCGUCGCCACGCAUUGCCCGAUCCAUCUUCGCUACCUACUCCCACACUGCAUCAUCUCCGCAACAUUCGGCCGUCUUCGCAUCUCGCGUCUUCGUCCUCGACUGGCAAGUCCUGGCAAGUGAACAGCGCCGGCUCGCUCCAGUGCCCGCAUUUGCCGGACGUCGGUGCAGGUUCUGCAAGAGCACCAGACCAGAGCAGCAGCUAGGCAGACAGAGAACAGAGACACGCCGACUGCGGGAUGUUCACAACUCUAUCAGGCGCGCUCGGCUGCUCCCCCCGCCGCCAAGCUCAACACGGCGUGAGAACGACCUGCCAUACUGCCCCGCGCUGCCGCUGCCACCGGCACUCGUCUUCGAAAGGAGGUCGACCAUGGCGAUCAGCAUGUGCGCUGAUGCAGCCAACGAGAGCACAGCAAAUUCAAGAUUCGCCAAUCCAGUCCUGUAUUCUUCUCCCGCACAAGCCGAGAUCGAUGUCUUCCUGUACAACAUCACAGGCUUCUACGUGCUGGAACCUGCGCGCCACGCUGAAGUCUCCACUGCUCUGGGAGUAGCAACAAUGCACUUUUCCCAUCACCUUCGCGCCCUCGAAGGCGCGCGACGCCACGUGACAAUUGAGAUAACCCCCUGA